AUGCCCGCCAUAGCGUUCACCCUCGAGGAGGUCAAGCGCACAGUCGUGCUCACUACAGUCCACGACCUGCACGAGUCUCCCCACUUCCUCGCAACUGCAGUCGUGACCGCGGCGACCACGACGACCGAGGCCCUCCAAGUCAUCGUCCUAUCCCCGCUGUUCAACCCUCCCCCGGACGCCCCCCCUGCAACGACGGAGUCGGACUCGGCUCCCGCUCCCGCGAGACUUGAAGCACACGACGACUGGCACGCCCCGGGCAUCUCGCGCACAGCGCACUUCGAGGACGUGCAGCGGCUGCUGACGUUCGUCUACGUCCAGGCGACCAAGAUCGCGCAGGACCUGGACAGGGUACUGCUGGACGUCGACGUCUACCUGAAGGGCCCCGCAGACGCGUUCCCGGACGAGGCCGUACGCAGCGCGGAGCGCAUAUUCUCAGGUGUGUGUCUCUCGUUCCAGCGUACGGGUGCACACCCGUGUGGGGAUCGUCGCGCUGAGACGGGGAUCUGCCGCGCAGUCGCCCCGAACGGCAUCCCCUUCCCUCCCCUCCCUGCGUCGGCGGCGGACCGCAAGUCGGAGAUCAUCGUCGUAGAGCCGGACGACCUCCCCUCGGGCCUGUCUGCGCCUGCUCCAUCGAGUCCGCCGGACCCGUCGCUGCCGCCGCUGUACCCUGUCGUCGCGCUCGGGGGGACGUUCGACCACUUGCAUGCGGGCCACAAGAUCCUGCUGAGCAUGGGGGCGUGGAUCGCGAAGGAGAAGCUCAUCGUCGGGAUCACAGACGACUCGUUGCUGGGCAAGAAGCAGUGGAAGGAGGUCCUGGAGCCCUUGCCCGUCCGGACGGAGAGGACAAGAGCGUUCCUCGAGCACUUCAAGCCCGGGCUCGAGUACUUCAUCACCCCGCUGAACGACGUGUACGGACCCACCGCGCACGACCCGAACGUGCAGGCCCUCGUCGUCAGCAAGGAGACGCUCUCCGGCGCGGAGUCCAUUGCGAAGAAGCGCGAGGAGAUGUCUCUCCAGCCUCUCCGUCCCUUCGUUAUCGACGUCAUCUCCGCGACAGAGGCGAUUGUGGACUCGGGGGACGCGGCAGUGCUCAGGGCGGCGAAGAUGAGCAGCACCUACAUUCGCGAGUGGAUAGUGAAGAAGCAGCAGCACACCAGCGACGCUUCAUGA